UCAAAGCAUGACAUCAUCGAGAGAGGCAUCCUCCCAGGCGCUGUGGGGGUGGCGGGGCGUUCACUGAAGCAGACGCUGGCUGUAAAGCAGAAGCCGGUCGCCUUCGAUCGCUGUUGUGUUUUGCUUCAAUCUACAUCGAACCACAUGGAAGCACCAGGAAUAAAGGAUGCUUCGCCACGCCACGGGGUUUAGUCGUCGCCAUCUGGGUGAAGACGGCGGGUUUUUGCAUGAGCGACCCGGCAUUCAAUUGUCCGCCCGAGCCUCUGGCACUCGAACGCACCACCUGCUGUGUAUACCGCCGGGAAAAUGCUUUAAAAUAAGAUAGAAAUACACCCGUCUGCUGUCCCGUGUAGCUCGCGUUAUAUGGCCGCUGUCAGCAGGGCGACACAAGGACCCUGAACGCGUCACACAGCCCGGUCAGCUAUGGCAGCCUGCACAACGGAGCCCCUCUGUCAGCCCUGCAUCUAUCACGAAGAUCUCAGAGUGGAGCUGCAGGUGAGGCGACCGCUGAUGCCUGUCCGUCUGAGUCCAGAGCAGGUGGGGCUGGAGAUGCUGUGUCUCUGCGGACAACUGGACCUCCUCAUCAGGGCGCAGAUGCAGCAGUUCCAGGAGCAGUUGGGACAAGGCUGUAGUCCAGAGGAGUCGGACAGCUUUCAGACUCAAGGAUCAGAGAUUCUUGACCAAAUGCUGCAGUGCCUAGAACAUUUACCAAAGCCUAUGCCACAGCUGGAAGACUACCUGGACAUGGUGGGUCUGUCAGCCAUGUUUCCCCGUGUCGAGGUCUUCCUUAUUCAAGGGAGUCCUGUCGACAUGCUGGACCGGCCACUGAUGGAUGAAUACUUCUUCCACAUCGCCAAACUGAACCAGCUGCUGGUGCUGAGUCAGCAGCUGGAGGAGGACAUCAGACACCUGGGCAGUCAUAAAUACAUAGCUCACCAGCUCUCAGUCAUAUAUCAAGUCGUCAGCUCUUUCAGGGGAAUCCGGGUCUUUUCCGAAAUAAAGAAGGACAUCGAGACCAACUUCAAACAGAUGAAGCAGUCUCUGGUGGUGGAGGAGGGCUGCAGGCAUGAGCCUCAGCUGACAGCCCAUUACAUCAGCUGGAUAUUAGAAAUAACUCAAAGCCUAACGUCGCUGGUUCUGUCCCUGCCAGAGGAGCUGAUGGAGGACCUUCAUCAGGCCUUGACCUUCGUGUCUCAGUUCUUGUCCUAACCCUGAUUCAACCAUCUCCCGUGUCUCCAGAGGGGUUCCUGCUACUGAGCGAACAGAACUAUGACUGACUUUAAAAAGGUGCUAUACCAUUUGAUUCAACUCCACGAUGAAUGAGCAGGAUAGCCUAGUUUAUUUGCAGAUGAUAUAGAGCUUUUUGUCAUUGUUGUCAUUCCCAGCGUGGCGCUUGUUGGUCCUUAUGUCGAGUCAGUUGUUUGGGACUGAAUGACCGCUUGAUGAAGGCCUCCGAGUCCUUGCACUACUGUAAUUACAACUGUAAUAUUUUUUAAUAACAUGUAAAAAUAAAAUAAAUGAAAGUUG